GAACUGACCUGCCUGCUUUGGGCAGUGUAAGGGGGGUUUGGGAUUUGAUUCACUUAACCGCCCCUCCACAUACAUCCAUACAUGCCUUAGUUAUUUCCCCCACCACAGAGCAGGGGCUAAGCAAGCUCUUAUAUAUACCGCUCGACCUUGCAUCGUAUUAAUACCAACCCCCAUCUUCUCGACCACCCUCAUCAUACGCUCUCCCACUCUGUCUUCUUGAGCAUACUCUCCCGCUUACUCGUUUUCUUCAACAGAGACGGGAGAAGACGGCAUAGCAACUUUUGUGAUAUUUUAUUAUAAACCAACAUUCAAGCUCUCUCCCGCACGGAUUUCAACUUGACACACUCACUGGGCUUUUCUCAUACAUCUUAGCGUUUUGAAAAGUGCCGUGUGUCCAGGAUCGUAAGGCAUACAGAUUCAUCUUGAAGAAAAUGCGUCUGACCAAGCAAAGAUACUCUCGUAACCCAGACGAUUUUCCUACCGUGCAACUUUUUCUUCUUGCCAUUGUUCGUCUUGCCGAACCCAUUGCCUUGACCUCAAUCUUCCCAUAUGCCUGGGCACUUGUAAAGAAGUUUGAAAUCGGCGCCGAGGAAGAUGCAUCGUUCUACGCUGGCUUGCUCAUCUCGAGCUUCUCCCUUGCGGAGGCCUUGAUGGGCAUGUACUGGGGUGGCCUUUCGGACAGAAUCGGGCGGAAGCCGGUUCUUCUCCUUGGCUGUUUAGGUACUAUGUUCAGUAUGAUUGCUGUUGGGUUCGCAUCCAACAUCUGGAUUGCUCUAGCCGGCAGAGCAAUUGGUGGGCUUCUCAAUGGAAACAUUGGAGUCAUUCAGACCAUGGUGGGCGAGUUGGUCAGCAAGCCAGAGCAUGAGCCGCGUGCAUACUCUAUUAUGCCAUUUGUUUGGUCCAUCGGCACUAUCAUUGGACCUGCGAUUGGAGGCACAUUUGCAGACCCUCACAGCUCGUUUCCCGACGCUUUUCCUGUGGGAUCGCUCUUUGAUCGUUUCCCCUACCUGCUCCCCAAUCUCCUCUGUGCUCUGCUGCUGCUCAUUAGCAUCAUCCUCGGAUACUUCUUGCUCGAAGAGACGCACCCGGACAUGCAGCCACGCUCAAUGAUGCCAGAGGAUACAUAUGUUUCGGAUGAGACCCCGUUGAUUGAGACGUCGGAUGCGCUCAAGCGUCCUGCCGUGGAUCUGCGUGCUGAAACCUAUGGGACUUUCCAACAAUCGAGGAGGGAAAGCAACGUUGGAUCGAGUGGCACUACGAGGGGAGCAGCCGUCGCAGCUAUUGCUGCCGCCCGAAGGCAAGAUGAGAAGCAGCACGAGGGCACGGUGGCAUCGUACAACAUUCUCAACUCGCGCAUUGUGGCCAUCAUCCUUUCGCUUGCGAUUUUCACUUACCACUCGAUGAGCUACGACCACCUGCUGCCAAUUUUCUUCGAAGACGACCGAAACCCCGGUCGCGUUUCCGACAACGGUGUGGGCGAGGUCAGCACUAUGGCUUCUCUGCCCGACAUUUUCUUCUAUUCUCCGGGAGGUUUAGGCUUGUCGCUGCCAACUGUCGGCAUGAUUAUGGCCGUCAACGGAGUCAUCGCGCUCUUCAUCCAGGCUGUCGUGUUUCCUAUCUGCGCCGAGCGUUUCGGUGUCUACAGGCUGUUCAUCAUCUCAACCGUGCUGCACCCAAUCGCCUACAUAGUCGUGCCACCCCUUUUGUAUGUUCCGGAGAACUGGUUGUUCUCGGCCAUCUAUGCCACUUUGACGGUCCGAAAUCUCUUCAGCAUCAUCAUCUACCCGUUGCUUCUGAUUCUGAUCAAGGAGGCCACGCCGAGCCCUACGAUCCUUGGCAAGGUCAAUGGUCUUGCAGCCAGCGUCGCAGCAGCUUGCCGCAUGGUUGCUCCCCCGAUAGCCGGGUACCUCUACACCAUUGGAAGUCGCAUGGACUGCACUGCCCUUGCCUGGUACAUGAGCGGCCUGGCUGCCGUCGUCGGGGCUAUCCAGUGCUUUUCAGUCGCACGUCCGAGGAGCUUGGAGAAGCAACCGGAGCAGCUUGACGAGACCUCUGAGAGCCAAGUCGGUCUAUCGACUGCCUAGAACAAAAGCCAAGCAAAAGAAGCCCACGACAAGCCAACUCGAUGACAGUGUGUCGGCGAACAAGUCAACGUUAUCUUAAUAAUGAUAACACCACCAAAAUUUACGAUUAAUUUGAGGAGGAGGUCUAAGGGUAAAAAGAAUUACGACGAAAAAAGAGAGACCAUAAUGGUGAUGUUUCACGCCCCAAGAUGAAUACAUGAGAUGGCUUCUACUGGUAUAUUUCGUUAAUUAGAUGCGUAUGGGAAGGCUCUGUGUUUUGUUCCAAGGCGUUUAGUUAUUAGUGUUAGGGAGUUUCAGCGUAUGCAUUUUCAGGAGUUUGGGCAGAUAAGUUUGGCCAGGUUCAUGUUUACUUGUUUGGACUCAAUGUGCUGGUUUAAUUGUAUAUAGCGGCUUAUGUUAAGUGAGGCUAAAAAAAAAUACUGUUG